AUCAGACACGAGACCACCCAAGGCAGAGAUAACUGCAGCUUUAUUAAGGACCCCGGGGGUAUCAUAUUAAAAUAAGGAUGUAUCCUUUAAUUUCUACCUUAGGAUAUAAUUACCUAGUAAAAUGGGUGCUUGUCUCCAUUUUCCGAGUAUGAAACUAAGGCUCGGGAAAGUGGCGGAGCCGAGACCCAAGUUCCAUUUGGCUCCACGCCCUGCGCCCCGACCCGCUGCGGCCCCGACGUCAGCCGCCCGAGUCCCCACACCCGCACCCAGUCUCCAGAGCUGAGGACGUGGAGGUCAAGAUUCGCGCACCCUCAGUGGUCUGCUUGGGGUCUCUGCCCCUCCCCGGGGCGGUGGUCCAGUGACGUCACUACCUCUUUAAAUUCCCGCCUCCGCCCCAUCCUCACACUUGCGGCUCCUAGGAAUCUCCGCGGACUCCUUCCUUCUCAGCACAGCUUUCAACCUCAACCUCGUCAUGGCCUCUGCUGGUUUGCAAAUACUGGGGAUUGUCCUGACACUGCUUGGCUGGGUGAACGCUCUGGUGUCCUGUGCCCUGCCCCUGUGGAAGGUGACCGCCUUCAUCGGCAACAGCAUCGUGGUGGCCCAGGUGGUGUGGGAGGGACUGUGGAUGUCCUGCGUGGUGCAGAGCACGGGCCAGAUGCAGUGCAAGGUGUACGACUCAAUGCUGGCGCUGCCCCAGGACCUGCAGGUUGCCCGAGCCCUCUGUGUCAUCACCCUCCUCGUUGCCCUGGUGGGCCUGCUGAUCUACCUUGGUGGGGCCAAGUGCACCACCUGUGUAGAGGACAAGGACUCCAAGGCCCAUCUGGUGCUCACCUCUGGGGUCAUCUUUGUCAUCUCAGGGGUCCUGACCCUCAUCCCCAUCUGCUGGACGGCCCAUGCCAUCAUUCAGGACUUCUACAACCCCCUGGUGGCAGAGGCCCAAAAGCGGGAGCUGGGGGCCUCCCUCUACCUGGGCUGGGCAGCAUCUGGCCUUUUGUUGCUGGGUGGGGGGCUGCUGUGCUACACCUGCCCUUCCAGGGGGUCUCAGGGCUCCAGCCACUACCUGGCGCGAUACUCAGCAUCUGCCCCACGCGCCAACUCUCAGGGACCCUCUGAAUACCCCACCAAGAAUUAUGUCUGAUGUGGGUGGGAGAGUGGGUUCCCUUGACAAUGGA